AUGGGUGGCGGGGUGGGGGGCAGGACGCCGGGGCCCAUCGCGCGGGCGCUGAGGGCUCCCCGGCCCCCAGGGCUCUGCGUCGCCUUCAACGUGGACGUGAGCAGCCCCCGGCUCCUGCGCGGGCCCCCCGAGGCGCAGUUCGGCUACAAGGUGCUGCAGCGGGCGGCCGGCGGGCGCAAAUGGCUGCUGGUGGGAGCCCCUUGGGACGGGCCGGAUGGCGACCGCCGGGGUGCCGUCUACAAGUGCCCCGUGGGACCCCCCAACAGCACCUGCACCCAGGUGGACCUCGGCGACGCGGCGCUGCGGCACGGCGCCCUGCCCGCCAGGAACAUGCACCUGGGCAUGACGCUGCUGCACGGCCCCGGCGGCGGCUUCGUGGCCUGCGCCCCGCUCUGGUCCCAGGAAUGCGGCACCUCCGUCUUCAGCAGCGGCAUCUGCACCCGCAUGGACAGCGAGCUGCGGCCCGUGGAGACCCUGGCGCCCACGGCGCAGCGCUGCUCCACCUACAUGGACAUCGUCAUCGUGCUGGACGGCUCCAACAGCAUCUACCCGUGGUACGAGGUGCAGAACUUCCUCAGCAACAUCCUCAGCAAGUUCUUCAUCGGGCCCGGCCAGAUCCAGGUGCUGGGCCACUACCUGCGGCGGCAGCAGGACCCCGAGGACUUCAUCCGCGAGAUCAGGUCCAUYGCCAGCGAGCCCGACGACAAGUUCUUCUUCAACGUCACCGACGAGGCCGCGCUCAACGACAUCGUGGACGCGCUCGGCGACCGCAUCUUCAGCCUCGAAGGGACCCCCGGCGCCAAUGCCAGCUCCUUCGAGCUCGAGAUGUCCCAGAUCGGCUUCUCCAUCCACCUCCUGGAGGACGGGAUCCUUUUCGGCAUGGUCGGAGCCUACGACUGGGACGGCGCCGUGCUCAAGGAGGGCCCCGCCGGCCGCGUCAUCCCGCCCCGGGAAGCCUUCCAGGAGGAAUUCCCGCUGGAGCUGAAGAAUCACGCUGCUUAUCUGGGUAGGGGGGAUGAUGCCCAGGGCGCGCAGGGAGCACCGGGAUUCUGAGUGCCCCGCGGGAUGCAGGAGAGAGCARGGAUGCUGGAUGUCCCAAGGGAUGCAGGAUACUUCGGCAGCGAGGUCUGCGUCCUGGACGCCGACRGCGACGGCACCAGCGACGUGCUGCUCGUGGCCGCCCCCAUGUUCCUGGGCGCCCAGAGCAAGGAGACCGGCCGCGUUUACGUCUAUAGGGUGGGCCAGCGGCUCGUGGCGCCGGCCGGCACCCUGCACGCCCACAAGAAGCCGCAGGACUCGCGCUUCGGCUACGCGCUGGCCGCCGUGCCCGACCUCAACCACGACGGCUACAACGACGUGCUGGUGGGCGCCCCGCUUGAGGACGGCCACCGCGGCGCCGUCUACGUCUACCACGGCGCCCCGGGCACCGUCCUGCCCCGCUACAAGCAGCGCAUCGAGGCGGCGGCGCUGGACUCGGCCCUCAGCUACUUCGGGCGCAGCCUGGACGCGCGGAUGGACCUGAGCGGCGACGGGCUGCCGGACGUGGCCGUGGGGGCGCAGGGGGCGGCCGUGGUGCUGCGCACCCGCCAGAUCGUGCAGGUCAACACGUCGCUCACGGUGGAGCCGGCGGCCAUCAGCGUCGUCGCGAGGAACUGCCGGCGCGGCGGCGCCGACGCCGUCUGCCUCCGCGCCCGGCUCUGCUUCCGCGCCGGCACGCGCGCCCGGGGCCCGCGCGACGGGGACAUCGAUCUGCGCUACAACGUGUCCCUGGAGGAGCGGGCGCCGGGCGCGCGGGCCGCCUUCGACGCCUCGCCGCGGCGCCGCCUGCACAAGCGGCUCGAGCUGCCGCUGGGGCGGCAGAGCUGCGUCCGCAUCCCCUUCCACGUCCUGGACACCUCGGACUAUCUGCGUCCCCUCCCCUUCACCGUGACCUUGGAGCUGGAGGAAGCCGCCCCGGGGCCGGUGCUGGAUGAGAAAUCCGCCACGAGCGUGCGGAGGCUGAUCCCCUUCUUCAAGGAGUGCGGGGAGGACGACGAGUGCGUCACGGACCUGGUGCUGCGGGCGAGCAUGGACAUCGCGGGCUCCGGGCAGAGCCCCUUCGUGCUCCGCAAGGGCCGGAGGAAGGUGCUGGUGGCGGUGACCCUGGAGAACAGGCAGGAGAACGCCUACAACGCGAGCGUGCGGCUCCGCUUCUCCCGCAACCUGCUCUUCUCCAGCCUGGUGCUGCAGGACGGGAGCCCGGUGAAGCUGGAGUGCGCGGCGCUGGGCGGGCACGGCCGCCUCUGCACCGUGGGCUACCCCGUGUUCCGCGCGCGGGCCCAGGUCUCCUUCACCCUGGAGUUCGAGUUCAGCUGCUCCGUCCUGCUCGACAGAGCCGAGGUCGGGCUCGUGGCCAGCAGUGACAGCGCCGAGGCCGAGGCCACGCUGCAGGACAACGCGGUGCAGCUGGCGGCCGCCAUCCGCUACGAGCCCGACCUCUUCCUCUCCAGCGCCGCCACCCUGCACCGCUACGAGGUGCACCCGCGCGGCGCCCACGGCCCCGGGCCCGAAUUCAAGACCACGGUCAAGGUGCAGAACCUGGGCUGCUACGCGGUGCGGAACCUCACGCUGCGCAUGGCCCUGCCGGCGUCCGGCUACCGCGGCGCCGCCUUCCUCUCCGUCACCCGCGUCAUCGCCGGCAACGCCACCUGUGUCCUGCGCGGCCCCGGCGAGGAGCUGAGGGCGCCGGCGGCGCCGGUGCAUCCCGAGGACCUGCUCCAUGUGGACAGGCUGGACUGCAGCACGGCCGCGUGCCAGGUGCUGAGCUGCGAGCUGGGCCGGCUGCCGCGCGGCGCCGACGCCGCCGUCCACGUCCUCCGCACCCUCCACGACUCCUUCUUCCGCGCGGCUCGAUUCAGGAGCGUGAGGAUCGUCAGCACCUUCUCCCUGCUGCCCAGCGCCCACAGCCUGUUCGUCCUGGAGGGGCCGGGGCAGCGGCGCGAGAUGGAGCUGGAAAUCCUGCAGGCCAAGCGGGUGCCCGUGUCGCUCUGGAUCCUGGUGGGCAGCAUCGUCGGGGGGCUGCUCCUGCUGGCGCUCAUCAUCUUCGGCCUCUGGAAGCUGGGCUUCUUCGCCCGCAAGAAGCUCCCGGAGGAAGAGGAGGAGAAGGAGGAGCAGUGA